CAAGCGGCUGCACUGUUGCGUGCAGCAGAAGCUGGAGCCGCAAAGAAGUCACUGCACUUGGCUAUUCGCCUCAAGCAGGACAAGUCUGCGACACCAUUACGUGGCAGCAUAGCGUUGCCUAGAAGACUACCCUCGAAGUCAAAGAUCUGCGUAUUUGCUCGAGGACAGGAUGCCGCCAAUGCAAAGGCUGCGGGCGCGUAUCUCGUUGGAGCAGAGGACCUUGUCACGCGCAUACAAGAUGGCAACGUCGAUUUUGAUAAAUGUCUCGCGACACCAGAGUGCGUGCCACUUAUUGCCAAGCUUGCACGAACCCUUGGCCCCAAGGGUCUCAUGCCCAGCGCGAAGCGUGGUACUGUCGUGAAGAAUGUUGCUCAGGCUAUUGAGGACGCCGAACGCAAUCUAGACUUCAGGCAAAAGGGUUCUGGCGCGGUUCUACGGCUUCCGGUUGCGCAAAGCGGAUUUACAGAUGAUGAAAUCAAGAAGAAUAUUGAAGCCGUCCUCAGUAUGGUCACUGAGAUGGGCAGUAAG